AUGGUGGUGGUGAUGGUGGCAGAGCCGGAGGAGGAGAGAAGGCAGCCGCGAAUCGGCGGUCCCACCGGUGGCAAAUCUCGUAACGAGGGCUCGUAUCUCGGCGGAUCUUUAUCGCCGGCAAUUACGCCCGGUUCCGGCGCGGCCCGGAAAAGGCCGACAGAUCCCUUGGAUUCAUGUAACAGCAUCAGGGACAUGUGUCAGCCAGGACGAUUGGUAAGGGUCGGAAAUGGCUGUUUAAAAUUGCAUCGAGGGCCUACUGUUAAAGCAUCCGUCUUGCACGUCGAUGAGAAGACUGUGGGCGGGCGAGAGAGAUUUCUCACUUGGCUGAAGGACAUAUUUAAUAAAUCCGUAGUUGCAGAAGAUAGAAACCACGAAGCUGACACAUCGAUCGUGACCAUCGAUCGCGGAGCAACAACGUUCGAUCAUCCAGAAAUAACGGUAUCGAAACGACCAGCGGACUCUUCGGGCAAGGUCGACGUCGUUAAUCAAAAACCAACCAAUUUCAACACGACGACGAAGUUCGACGAGGAUGGGAAUAACAACGCGAUGAACGCGGAAAAACACGCGAAUACGAUUCCAGAGUCGGCGACUUAUAUCUCGUCGCGGUCGAGCGAACCUGGAAAAACUUUGGUACGCGACUCCGAUUUUACGUGGCUCGAUCCCGACGAGAUACAUCGAUCGGCGAGAAACGUGAUAAGAUUUGCGGCAAGGGACGAUCCCGAUGUGACCGCACAUUAUCGUCGUUACACGAGUCCCAGGCACUGUUAUCGCCUGCCACCGCGAACGAGGCACCCGUUCCUGGAAUCUCGCGCUCCAAAUAGAAAUAUCUCCUCGAUGUCGACGCGCGGGAUCGCGGAUUUCGCUCCCAGGAACUCGAAGCCGCCCGUCAGGGAGCCGAACGCGCCCGAAAAGCGCGAGAAGCAGGACGAGAGGAAGGACGAGACAAGGAAGAAGGAGAAGAGGAGGCCAGUAAUACGUACGGACGGCGAAUCUGCCGAUAGUAGCGAGAAGCGAGCUGAGAUGGUAGCGGACGAUAACCCAAAGGGCGACCCCGACGCGUUUCGUUACGAGUGGGGCGUGAAACUGGCCGAGGAGCCGGUCGCCGAUAACGAUAACUUGGCCGAAAAGAGCCGGCAAUACGUCACGAAGCGGUUUUGGGGAGUGAACCUGAAACAGCCGGACGUCGAGCAAAACACGGAAGAGCAUCGAAACGCCUCUUCCUCUCCGAUCGCUCGGAGUGGCGAUACCAUCGCCGAUGAGAUGCCGAAGAGCAACGUUUCGGCGAAAGACGCGUCGAGCUUGAAAGGCACGACCGCGGAAUAUCUGUCGACCCCGUCCGCAAACCUAGUUUCGUCGAGCGGCGAUUCAAUUACGCCGCGGCGGGAAAAGACUGACGCGUCGGACUCGUUUCUGAGUUCCGAGGCCCUUCGCAAAAUCAUGAAGACGUCCUCGAACGUGUUGGAGGAGACGAUGGCGAUCAAUAACGAGUACAAUGUUCCCGAAGAAGCGGCCUUGGACGCCGAGAUCACCGCCUGGAAGAAUGUCGCGAUGAGAUCGACGAGGGCUCGCAAGGAAGAUUACAUGCCGGAUAACGUGGAAAAUAUGGAAAUGGUAUCGAUUCGUCCGGAAGCGCCGCAGCCCAAGUUAGACGUGCGAGUCGUGAGAUCGACCGAAGACACCUUGGAAGAAGUCGAGCAGGUCAAUAAUGCCGGAUAUAAAGACGUGAAAUCUAUGCCGAUCAAGCAUUUCGGAUCGUCGCAAAAACCGGACGGUUACGUGUCCAGUAAGAAACUGCAUACUGCGAGUAUGCAACUUCGUUAUCCACAUCGGCAUAUAAGUAGGAGCGCAACACUUUCAAUUAAUUCCACUCUCAUCGAUAAAACCACGCAGAUGAAAUGCUGGAAACUUACGUCAGCCUUCUCUACGGAUGCUGAGAGUUCUAAAGAAGCGAUUAUUAAAGCAUUGAAUCAGCAGACUGAAGAAGGAAUAGAUUCGAAGAGCUGGAAUAAGGAAGGAAAGUCUAAUGAUCAAACGAAUAAUUCAUCAAGCAUUAAACGACCUCUUUCACCUACUUUAGAAUCUCAAACAUUUUCAUGUAGCAAUCAAAAACCAGCGAACACUGAUAAAAAUAUUAUCGCGAAUAAAGGAAUGGAGAUUUCUUUAAAUCCGUCGCAAAAUGUUCAUCAUAAAAAAUUCAUCUCUGUAUCUUCUGAAUUUGCACAAAAGAACGAGUCUCGCUUUAAAAACGAGGACGAGCUAGAAGACUACGAGAAUCCCAACACCAGUUACAUAGACUUACGUAACAAAGACGCCAUCGAUUUCAAUUCUCCAUCAACUGACAAUGGUCCGAUGAAAUCAUCGAACGCGAAAUUAGCCGAAGAGGAUUCAAAGUCCAACGAAGAAAGCAACAAGAAUAAUACUUCGGACUCGAACGUGGAAAACGUAGAAAUCGAGUAUAUCGUCGACGGCGAUUACGUACGAUUACCCGGCGAUCCUUAUCCCUACAGCAGAGAGAAUCUGGAUAAAUGGCGCGCGUCGCGCUUCAGGAGCUCUAUUCGCAGGCCGAUGAAGCGGGAGACCAUGUUCGAUUCCGUCUCUGUCUCACGUACGAGUCCGGGGAACGCUAAUGACAAGCCGUAUGCAAACGUCGCGCGCGAUUCUCACGGCGGCGUAGUAAUGAAGACUUCAGGAAGCGGCGACGGCGCGGGAGCAAAAAACGCGGAACGCUCGGCGAACGGAUUCCGCGUGUCCUCUCGGAGUCAGCGGGUGGUGUCUGAUUGCCUGAGCGGCGAUGCCGCAGAUGCGCUGGGAUUGCGACGAUGGACGGAGGCCUUCUCGCGGCUCGACGUCGUCGACGGAGACGACACGUCGUCGUCCCGCGCCUAUCAUCAGUAG